AAAACCCGCGUUCAAUCCCGCGAGAGUUCCUCCUCGACCAGGCAGCCAAUGGGAAGGUCCGUCUUUGGUGACGUUAUGCUUUAUUAAAAUGGCGGCGUCUGACAUGUAAAUAAACCCGCUGAGCUGAAAGGAUGAAGCUGCUUGUGAAGGUGGCGCAGUCUGCUCUGAAGCAAAAAGACACGAGCCGGAGACAUUUCUGGGGCUGGCUCAAUGCUGUUUUCAACAAGGUGGACCACGAGCGCAUCAAGGCCGUGGGUCCCGACCGGGCGGCGUCCGAGUGGUUGCUGAGGUGUGGCGCCAAGGUGCGCUUCCUGGGUUUGGAUCGCUGGCACGGGGACUACAAUGCACUACCCACCGGGCCGCUGGGGCGCUUCAAGAUCCAGGCCAUUGAUGCCACCGACUCCUGCAUCAUGUACCGGGGCUUCGACCAUCUUGAGGGUUUGCAGCACGUGGAGGAGGUGAAACUCCGUAAGUGCAUCUACAUCGAGGAUGUGUGCUUGGAGCGGCUCAGCUCGCUGGAGAACCUGCAGCGCAGCGUCUUCAUCAUGGAGGUGGUGUCGUGCGGGAACGUCACUGACCAGGGCCUCGUCGCGCUGCACAAACUCAGAAAUCUGGAGUACCUGUUCCUCAGCGACCUGCCUGGUGUCAAAGACAAACAGAGCACGGUGGAACGUUUAAAGACUGCACUCCCGCGUCUUGAUGUUCAUGUGGACCUGAACUAAAAAAAAAUAAACAAACAACAACAAAGCACUUUAUUGUUGACACCAAUUUAUUUAUCGGCAACAUUAGUCCUGUUAGCUUUAUGCCAAAGAGAGGCUCGUUUGUGCUUCUUCCCAAACGUGAAUGCCCGUUUGCUUCCAGGUGGUCAUUUUGGGUCUGCAGCUUGUUUUUUUUUUUUUGUGUGUUUUUUUUGGCCAGCGGGUUUUUCUUGACAUGUGUUCAGCCAGUUAGCAUUUCUGUUUAUCAGGAUGAAUAAAUCAAAAUCCAAGUCCA